AUGUCCACCAACCCCUCACCCCAAACCCACACCCACACCCUCGCCACCGCCCACGAACCUCAUCCAGAUCCCGUUGCCCUCACUUCUUCCAACCCCAACACCUCAGAAUUAAACUACACCCCCAACCCCUCCCUCUCCAUCCCCCUCUCUCCUUCCCGCCAACAAAUCCUCAACAGUAUCACAGCACUCUACAGCGGAAGUUGUGUUGCGGAUGGCACGGGGGAACAGGAUAUGCUUGUUUAUGCUAGGGAGGCUAUCUAUGAUGAUCCGUGGAGUUAUUGCGAUAGUAGGUUUAAGAUUGCUGGGCAGUGGUAUGGAAUGCCGAUGAUAAUGGUCUCCUCAAAGACUCUAGCCACCGAAGUCGUCAAAUCCUCAGAUGACGAAAUUGUGUUUAAGUUGCAGCAAGAAUACAGGCCGAAACUAUUGCCGGUCGGAAAAGCUGUCGACAGUCUCGUAAGCCUAAAACUGAUCAAGGAAGGAGAUGUGGAAAAAGUCAUCUAUCAUAAGGAUAUGUGGAAUGCAAAGGAUUAUAGUCAUGAGGGGUUGGGAAAGGUAUUUAAGACGCUUAAUGGAGAUUAUUUGACGGGGAUUACGGGGCCGCCGAAGAGUUUGUGA